UUUGUUAUAUACUCGAUCGAUCGUAUUAUUAUUUUUAGCUAUUCGUCGUAUGUAUCUGUAAUUAAGAAGAUGCUCGAUGUUGUCGUCUUCACUAUAUAAAAAACAAAAGAUAGUGAUGAAGAGUUUAAUUUCUUUUAAUUGACCGAUCGAAAACACAUCAUGCCAACUCAGAUGAAGGUGGCAGUCGUUGGAGCCGGUCUAUGUGGGCUAAUCGCAGCUCGGGAGCUCGAAAGAGAAUCUCAUGAAGUCGUGGUUUUAGAAAAAUCACACCGAUUAGGUGGAGUUUGGGUCUAUGAUCCAAGAACCGAGUCAGAUUUACUAGGAAUUGAUCCAGAUAGAGAUAUCGUUCAUGCCACAAUAUACAAAUCCUUACGAACAAACAGUCCUCGUCAAAUUAUGGGAUUUUCUGAUUAUAUGUUCCAAGGGAAAGAAUACGGUGAUCCAAGAAUGUUUCCAGGGCAUGAAGAGGUUUUAAGUUACUUGGAAGAUUUUGCUGAGAAAUUUGGAGUGACAAAACUUAUUAGAUUCAACUCGGAGGUGACACGAGUCGAAUUACUUGGUCCUGGUGAUGGGUUUGAAGUUGAGUGGAAGAUGAAUGAGGCGAGCUUGACUUCGAGCUUAACAUCGACAGAGACGUUUGAUGCCGUGGUUGUUUGUAAUGGUCACAAUAGUCAACCAAGAGUUGCAAUGGACAUUCCGGGAAUCCGAGAAUGGCCAAAGAUGCAAUUACAUGCUUAUAACUAUCGAGUGCCAGAACCAUUUAAAGAUCAGGUUGUGGUUAUAAUUGGGAAUGGGUCAAGUUCAUAUGACAUAUCAAGAGAAUUAGCCACUGUUGCCAAAGAAGUUCACUUGUCAUCCAGAUUGCCAAACAUUAAAGUCUCAAAGCAUGACAAAUACCAUAACAUAUGGCAACACUCCAAGAUUGAUCAUGUCUUUAAAGAUGGCACAGUUAAGUUUCAUGAUGAUUUAUCCAUUAAAGCAGAUACAAUUAUUCAUUGUACAGGGUACGAGUUUCAUAUUCCGUUUCUCAAAACAAAUGGCAUUGUAACUGUCGAUGACAUGCGUGUUGGGCCUACUUAUGGUCAUGUUUUUCCUCCACAACUUGCCCCGAGAUUAUCUUUCGUUGGACUAUUUCACAAGGGUAUGACAUUCCUUCCAGCCGAAUUGCAAUCCAAGUGGAUAGCUCAAGCGUUAUCCGGCAAAGUUUCAUUGCCAUCAGAAAAAGAAAUGUUACAUGAAGUAAAACAAUUUUAUCGCCAAAUGGAAAUAAAGGGAAUUCCUAAGUGUGACACUCAUUCACUUAACCAUCAGAUGGAUUACAUGGACUGGUUAUCUGAUCUGUUAGGAAUACCACAGCCUCCACAAAAAUUCAGACACUUUUAUGCCCGUUUUAUAGAACAGUUCUGUAAUGAUCAUGAAGGGUUUCGCGAGGCAUUUGAAAAAACGUUAUUAACCUGUGACGGCAUAUAGCUAUCGGAAUACCUCAAAGGUUAAUUAAGAUUUAUCAUCUAUCAUUUUUACGUUUUAAUGUACACAGCACCGUGUUGACUUCUAUUGAUAGAUUGAUGAUUACACAUCAUUGCUGUCAAUUGGGUACCUGUUAAAUGUUAAGCAAAAAUUGUACUAUUCAACUUUUUCUAUUUUUAAAAAUAAUUGCUUUUCAUA